AUGAACCUGUUCUGCUUCACGCUGGUAAGAUACAUCAACUUUUGAUCUCCUGUCUGUUCCUAGGUUUGUCUGCAGAGAGUUGUUGUUUAGCCCCUGACGCUUUUACAGGGCUGGUAUAGGCAGUGGAGACUGGAUGCUCUCUCAGGGAUAUCCCGCUGAUGUUAUAGCUGUAGACAUAGAUCUGGGAAGGUCUCUUUUGAGAGUGAGACAAAACUGCUCUGUUUGUAGGACCCAUGAAGUUCUGGAGAUGCUGGUUGGAUUGCUGGGCUUGGAUUUAUGUGAUGCUGUGGGAUGUCAACUACUUAUAACUGCAAAUGUAACAUCUGUUUGUAAUAUUUCAUAAAAACAUUUCAUAAAACAUCCAAAAAUGAUUAUUUGUUGCCCUUUUGGAGCCUUUUAAACACGCAGACCAAAGUGCUUCAUGUUCAGUUAUUACAAUACAAAAACUAAUAAUGAGACUAAAUACAGCGUAUAAUUCUGCAAGUUGAAAACUCAUGAUAAAAUAUAUGUAUAUAUAUAAAAAAAAAAGAUUUCUAGAAAUCAUGGAAACCCUUUCCAAAGUAAACAACGGUAAAAGUUGUUCAAACCUGGUCUGAAGCUAAAACCACCAGAUAAUAUUACCUGCACUGACUUAACUACUACUAAUACCGUUCCUACUACUGCUACUAUUAUUACCACUACUACUACUACUAAAUGCCAUUAAAUACAGAGAGGAUCAACUGCACAGUUUAGGGGGAUGGUGAACCAAAAAAAGCAUCAGUAAUGACUUUGAUUUGAGAGCUGAUCUUAAGGAACAUUGAACUGCUUAGGUAUUUAAAACCAAUACGUUUCAUUAUGAAUCUGAAUGGGCCUCAAGCUACAGUGUAUAAAAAUGGGACUGUGAAAUGAUGUUCAGGGGUCACAUAUUAGGGUUAGGAACCACUUCAAUAGUAUGAAUUUUGAUUUUGUUUUCAGUUCUGUUUAUCCAUACAUGUUCUUAUUGAUGACCAUAGCUAGGCUAACCACUGAAUUGUUGUUUAUCCAUGUUGUUCCAGUUUAAAAAAAGCAUUAACAAAACCUUCAGUUAGAUUCUGUUUUCCUUAAUAUUUGUCAAUUUUGUAUUACCUGACUUUGCGACAGAAACUUAGUGGUGUGGCAGCAGACAUCUACAUAGCAUUUAGUGACGUGUUGGUUAUGAAUUACUCUGCUCUAAAAGGCAGUUGUUGACAGUAUGCAGAGCUGUUUGGGAGCCAAAAGAGUCAGUUAUUGCUGAGCAAAAUGAUCUGAAUCACUAAAAAAGACCCAAACCCAGCAGGAGCAUUUACACUGAAGUUGUUUACCUGAGAGAAUAGGAUCCAAACCCUGUUCUGACAAAGUAAGAUGGAUCACAGACAACUUGAGCAAGAUCAUACUGCCUUUGUAGAUCUGAAGGAUUUUUUAUAGAUAUAAAGUAGAUAUUAGUAAUGUCAAACUGGUUUCAAGUUUCAUCAGGACAGAAAUCAUGUUAGAGAAAAACAUAUAUAUUUGAAGUGUAUAUUUAGUUUUAAAGUUUGAUCAUGUCCCAUCUGUCCACAUGGAAGAUGCUUUAAAGAUUCUGGCUACACUUUUGAGGAGCUGUUGUGCUGUUCAUUAUUAUACAGUCAAUAAUUUCUUAAUAAGCAUGCAAAAAUGUUUCUAAAUCGCCAUAAUUUGCCCAACUUAUUUUUUUGUGGAGCAGCUCUGUUGGAGUUUAACUUCUUCAACUCUUCAAAGCCACUCUCUCGACAUUUGUUGUUGUUGAUAGAGGCUUCAGUUACACACACAUGUAGGCUGUACAUGUGUAAUUACAUUUAUUAUAAUGACGUUUAAUAGUAGCUCUUAACACCAAACUGUUUCCUCCGUCCCUGUGACAGAUUUAGGCCUCCUCUCUAAACUUAGCAGCUCAAAGAGCACAAAAAGUCAGUGGCUUCCUGAACUCAAAACUUUAAGUACAUUAUAAGAUGCUGACCUAAAAAGAUGAUGGCAGAUUUAAGUCAGAGGUCGCAGCACAAAGCUCUUGUAUUAGUGUCAGAAAUAAGCUCAGAAAUCGGUGCCAAAUGCUACAAAGGGUGUGAAUAAUAAAAAAGACAGAAAUACUUUUAAAUUAACUGAGAGGGAGAGGAGAUGUCCAUAACAUGGUACUUAAAUACACACACACACACACACACACAGACAUAUGUGGAGGUGUUGAACAGCUUACAGUAUCUGUGUCACAGUCUUAAGGGUUUGUUGACAGAUAUUAGCAUCAGUCCUACCUCCUUCUGUACAGAAACAGAGUUUAGCUCUUUACACGCUGUUGACACGUCAAGAGAUACAAAGAGCCACAACAUGACCCGACCAACUCUUUCACUCAGGACGAGCAGCUGGUUACAUAGGUUUAUGACACAUUUCUGUGAUUAAACGUUUCUAAAAUUUUCAAAAGAACUUAAUUUUACUGCAACAACAAUCAAACUGUUCAGUAGAAAGAAGUCAAGGAUGAAAGCAAGCUAAAUAUUCCACUUAGCUUUUAUCUGUUUAAAGGUCCCCACUGUCUUUGAAUCAGGAUUUUAGAAAAGCUGAUUGAUUUUUCAUUAAAAAGUGAGCGUGUCUCUAGAAUCUUGAAUCUCGAUUAUCCUUUUGCAUGUUUAUAUAUAUUUGCCUGUUGUAGUUGAAAACACUAUGACGUCUUAAGGACAGAUAUUUCUUUACUUCCUUGACAGAUUAGGAAAAAGAAAGAAAACUCAACAGGCAUUAAGCUGAAAGAAGUGUAGAAAACUAGAAAAAAAAGCAAAAUGAAAUGCAAACAGUCAGGAAUAGGUGCAAGUAAAAAGAACAAUGGUGAUAAAACAGCAAGAUUCUGUGAGGCAGGUAAGCAAAUAACAAUACAAAAGAAUAGAUCACUUGUAAUAUACAAGUUAUAAAAAUGAGAAAAAAGUUUGAUUUAUGAAAAAAAUAUCCAAUUUGUUGUUUUCCUUUUUUAUUUGCAAAAAGUAGAUAAACUGUCUCAUAAAAAUCUGAAAGAUUCAAAGUGACAAGUUGUUGCACUUUUUUAAAUUCAUGUCACUUAGUGUUUUUCUAAAGCAGCAGAAAUAAAACAGGCCAGUCAUGAAAUCAAUCAUACAUUACAAAAACAUAAAAUUCACUCAAAAGGACUCUAAAAGACAUUAAAUGUGUAUUUUUUAAGAAGGUUUUUAGGAUAAAAACUAAAUAAAUAUUCAGGUUCAAUUGCUAAUAGAUAAGAAGAGGCUAACAGAUGGUGCCACUGGUGGUUGACCUGGUUUGUUUGUGUUUGUUGUUUUUCAUGAAUGAAGCCAAGGUCCCACACCCACACCCACACCCAGACACAGCCUGUUAUUCUCUCACUUUAACAUCACUGUGAAAUUGAGAUAAUAACCACAUUACAUUGAACACACUGGACUUUAAAAUGACUGUUACAUUGCACCCUGUCCUCUCUAUAUAUGUAAUGUUUAAUUUUGCACUAACAUCCUCUCAUGCAUCUCCGUACAAGUGUUCAGCUCUCUUACUUCUGUUUCGUAUCUUGUGUUCAUUCUCCUUCCACUUGAAAACCAAGAUAAAUUUCAUGCUCGUAUAAAACUUACUAAUUCUGGGUUCAGGUGUAUUUUAAAAAAAAAAUCACUGACUCAGUUGACCCUGAUCCUCUGGUCUCCUGUGGCAGUUUUGGAGCCCUUUCAACAAACAUUCCCUCCCCUUUAGUUUCCAGUCUGCUGGGAUUUUGCCUGAUAAUCUCAAUACACUAGUUGGCUCGUAAGGUAUUCACAGGUCUGAUGUGUGGGAGGGUGAAAGUGUCAUUUAUUUUAGAGUCUAUAUUUUCCUCAGUUAAAUCUUAAAUCAGUUCUAUCUGGUUAUGUCUCAGUGGUAUUUGAGCCAAGCAUCUGUCAUCAUGAUAACUGAUCUCAUUUUUUUGUUUGUUUUGUUUGAUGUCUCAGGAGGGCUCCACAGACAGCAUCUAUGAACCAGCCUACAGCCAAACUCUGAAGGAAGUCCUGCCCAGGUAUCCGUGCAACCCUGCUCUGCUGGGCCAUAAACCUGAAUGGAGUGGUUCAGAUCCAUCCAUCAAUGAUGUAAGUUCAUGAUCUCAGUGUUUAAUGUUUUUAUUUAGCCAAGACCAGAAAACUCAAGUGAUCAUACACAUGACGGGAAAAAUUGUACAUAUUAGGAACAUGUCAUCUGAUAUUAUUCUUGACUGACAAACCUCAUAGUUCUGUGCAAGCAAGAGAGUCAAAACAAAUACAGAGGACUGCUGUGAAAAAGGGCUGGUGAAGUGUCAAACCAUGUAGGUUUUUGAGGUGACACUUCUGUAUAAGCAAAUUUGAAGAGGUUGUAUUGAAACUGACUUAUUAUGACUGUACUGUACAUGAAAAAUGAAAAUCUGUAAGGCCUGGUCCAAAGAGUCUGAAGACUCCGCACUAAAGCAGUAGCCAUGGUGGGAGUAGCUUCUUAUUUUACAAAGAGUUAAACUCAGCUAUCAGCUUAUAGAGCUGCUUGAUAGCUCUGUUUGCUACGAGCACAGGUGAAUGUGAUACAGGCUACAUCUGAAAAGAAAUGUGAACCACCGAACAAGACAAUCAAAUCUGUGCAACAAUCAGAAGGGAGCACUUUAGCCUGCAGUGGGAAUUUAACCAGUUCCCAGACUGCAGCUGGACUCUGGUUGUAGAUACGUGAUGGGCGGUAAAACAGGCAUGUUUUAAGCUUUUAUCUGAAUGCUCAUGAUGAAAAUGGGAAUAUAAUGCUCUGGUGUAUACAGUGCUCUCUAAGUUAAGACAUUUUCUGCAAUCAUUUUCCAGGUAUGAACACUUUUUCUCAAACUACUGUGUUAUUGAUGUUAUUGGUGUUAUUGAUAGACAGUUUGUCUUUGUCUUUCUCAGGUCCGACCUCCCGGCACAGGUACAUUAAAAAGGAAUAACAGACGGUAUGUGAGUUUUGUAUAUUAACUCUACUAAUAUCAGCUGCAUUAAAUUAUUCUCAUUUCAGUAGGUUACCUUUAUUAUUAUUUUUAAUCUACUCUUUUUGUCAUUUAAAUGCAGGUCUUGUGCACAAACAUCUUUGGACAGUGAAACGUCAGGUUAGUAUUAAAUAAUCGGGUUAUUCUGAGGCUGUUUGGAAAGAGAUCAGGCUCAGAAGCAGUUAUUAUGUCUUGGUUCCAGGUUUGCAAAUAGUAUGAUGGUGGGUGAUCCCAUACAUUGAAUAUGGCUGUCCUUCUGCAGUCUUCUAGAUGAUAAGCUACUGACAGGACUUUUGGUUAGAUUGAUUAAACUCCAGAAAGAAUAUAUUCUCAGUUUGUCAUGAAAAGGCAAGAGCUAACAUCAACAUGUAGCCACAUGCUGUGUCAGGUCAAACUCAUCUCUGUGGCCUAUCAAAAAGUCCUAAUGUCAUGAAGUACAUAAGUUUUUCAUUGAGUCCACUGCUGAUCAGCUUAAUCCAACUUCCUUUUUUUGCUUCCCAUCACUUCCCAUUGCUUGUUGUAGCUUCAAAAUAUUUUGUUUUUAGUUGGAUAAUCCUUUUAUUCACGUGUGCAUCACAAGAGAGUGGAGGAACACCAUCCAUAAAUGGGUGGAUGACCAAUAUAAGUUUUUCAACAGUCUAUAUUAGUAUUGAUUGUAAGCAAAUGACCUGAUAGCUGAUUUUCAAUGUUGAUAUCACACUUUUGUUUUUUUUUUUGUUUUUUUUUUUUAACAUAAUAAUACUGAAAAAACAUUUUUUUAAAUAGAUAAGGAUAGACAAAAAUAAAUUUGUAGGUAAAAUGUCAACAUAACUUUUGCCCUGCUACCUAGGAUUAGAAAAAAAGUGAGGUAAAUAUUGAUAUUAGUAUUAAACUUCAUUAUUCUUUACAUCAAUACAGAAUGUAUGUUAAAUUCUAGCUAGCAGCUGUUUUGGAAUUCAUAUGCUGUCACUGCUGGACAGUAAAAAGGCAUUUUUUUUUAUAAUUUGGAAAAGAUGACAGUGAGAUAGUGUCAAGGAUGAUGCUGAUAUGAUGCUGAUUGUAACACAACGCCAAUUAUCGGGCCAGUUAUUUUUGCUGACCAAUCUAUCGGUCAAUCCGUGAUUAAUACAUAUCUAUCUAUAAUCAGUUAUUGAGCGUGAUCAAUAGCCUGGCAUUGUCAGACCUGUUAUGAACUAGCAUAUAUUCAGACUUAAAGUUCAUUGUUAAUCUGUGUUUUGUGUCUUUGUGUGUCCAGAAAAGUGUAAAGCUCCCUGUCACAGCAGCACAUCGACAAGAAACGGCAGCUUGAAGGAUUUCAGAUCUGACAGAAAACACACCCAUCCUCCAGCUCAGGUAAGACCACAGACCCGCCAUCCUGAGCAGGUUUCACUCUCCAGCAGAGUGAUGAUUGGAGUGAUGGAAUAGAUAGAAUUUGUAUGGUGUAUAUAUUUUUUAGUCUGUGAAUAAGCUCUUAUUAUUGACACGGGGACAAUCACUUGAGCACAGCAAAUGCUGAUUAUUGUCCAGAGCUGUGCAGAUGGCAGACUUUAGCCUUUUGUAAUCCUGGAUCCACAUGAUGGCCAAACAGACACACCUGACAUACCUGACUGAUAGUGCACGUGCUGGUGCAUGUGAGAGACAGUAAUUGUUCAUCUUCAGUUAUAUAACUGAUAGAUGUGAUUCAGAAGGUUAUAUUUAGAUUGUUUAAGGUGAGACUUUAUUGUGUAUUUUGGUGCAGUCUCUUUUCUGUUUUUAUGAUAUAUGAAGAAUUAUCUGGGAGAAAAAGUCCUCAAGUGUGUUUGUAUUGCUCAGAUUUGAGGCCCAAGGGAGUAAAAGUGAGUGUAAACCUGAGUGAGUUAGUGUUAAGUCAGCUAAAUCAGAUCCACAGUGCUCUGUAAUCUGCUUUGUGAUCAGUAAUCUUCUUUUUACGGAUCACUUGUGUCUGCUCUGUGCUCUCUUAAAAACCUUUACUUAGUCGUGUAAACCUUUUACACCAACAGCAGAAAGUGAAAAACAGAUCUCACAACAAGCUCCUGCAUGGAGAUCUUUCAUGAUCAUAAAGGGAAUCAGGUUUGUUUUGAAGUCUUAACCUCAGUCAUGAGAGUGGUUACAUGUCCUCACUUACAUGUAAGGUAAUGUUAGGAGACUUUUUAUGACACUUAACUGAACACGUGUUAGCUUAGCGAUAUGUUUUCACAGUCAAUGGUUAAAAUAACAUCCUUAUUCUUUUGUAAAUAGGUUUAAAAGCUGAACAUGUCACUCUGUGUUGAAUUGACUCUCUUUGCCUUUCUUACAGGAGGAUGAAAAAGCAGCUGACACAACAGAUUCGGUGUAUGGCACAGGAAGAAUCAAGAAGUUACAGAACCUGGUCCAAACAAAGAAAGGACAGCAGGGAGCCGCUGGGAAAGGAAAGAGUGUUUCAGACAAUCAUGGUGAGUAAUGAGGAUGGUGUUAUCCAGCUCGAUCAGGAAGCUUCUGUAAGGAGUUUUUCGAUGUGUAUAAAAUAGACUGAAAUUCAUUUUGAUGCAUUUUUAGGAUGUAUGAAAGCAAACAAGGCCGUCAAUCACAAGGUCAACAUUUUUAUUACUUGAUUUUUAAUGCCUUUAACUGGUGUGAGGAGGGUAGGUUUUCAUAUUUUCAACAUAAAUUUUAGACUAUGCUCUAUAAAAAUUUUAACAGGCAGAAACCUUGAGUAGAACCAGACUCAUGAAAGACAAUCAUCUGCUGCUACUGCAUUGGGUUUAGAGAGGAGAGAGAGGGAGAUGCAAAGAGAGAGAGAGAGACAUGGACAGAGGUGAGAUUGAUGCAUGUGGAAGUAGCAGCUGGAAAGCAGGCAGGUCCAGGCAGCAAAACGUCUGCAGCAGCAAUCCAGAGGAACCUACAGCUUGAUGGAGCUCAGGGACUCUCAGGAAAGACGGUGUAUUCGUGACUCUAAUGGGACAUGAUGAUUUAAAGUUAAUGACAGAAAGAAAGAGGAUUAAGAAGGAGGGAAAGGUUCUCAGUGUGCCACAACCCCUGGUCGUCUCCACCUAGAGCAGCAUAACUAAGAUGACAAGAUAAGCUGCCUUGUCCACAGGGAAGAGCUGUACGUGUGGUGAACACAGGAGACAAGUAAGGAUAAAGAAUGUAGAGGUCCCUGUUUUGUUGAUUUUUUUAUGUAUCUCAUGUUAUAUGGAGCCAGCAUAAUUUUAAUCCACAGGUGGUGAGAAAACAUUUUCUAUAGUCAAUUUUAGAAGUGCUGCUGACUUUGCAAACUGGCUGUUUUUCUUGUUUAUUUUUCACUUUUUUUUUACUGGCAAAAUGAAACAAAUCCAGAACUUAGGCUACAUCCAAACAGGAGUUCUGACAAGAUUUUUUUAAUCUGUCUAUUUUCAUGAAUAUCUUUCAGUUUUUACUGUCCACACAACAAGGAAGACACACUAAAAACCUUUCAUCCAAGCACGCCAGGUUGAUGGGCGGCAUUGGCGUGUAAUCAGUCUAUUAUGUCAAACAUCACAGAGGAACAUAAGGCAGAUGGGUAUCGAAUGUCUUCUUGAGUGAGCAGCAGUUGUAAACAGUGUCUGCGUGGGUUCUCAUUCAUCCAGGUCAUGGUAAUCCCAGCCUUAAUCCAGAGGGGCAACUGGAGUCAGGACUUUAGGAAAAUCCAGUUGCCCCUUUGGAUCAAGCCUUGAACUUGGUACAGUGUUCUUCAAGCUUUGUGCAAAGUGGCAAAUCAAAACUAUUGAUUUAGGUAUAUUUUUAAAUGAAGAAAUCAAGAUAAAACAAAGAAUGAUAAAGGGUUUAUUGCAUGUUUUUUCACUUGUUUUAUUACACUAACUGUUCUGUUGUCACAAAUACAGGAGAGAAAAUAUCUCAGAAAACACCCAGAUCAUCAAUCACCAUUUUACCUGCUCUCCUUUAGGCCACUGAAGAUAAAUCUGUUUAUUUCUACAGCUUUUUCUUUUCAUCCUCAGAUCAUUUGGCUGAUGUAUUCAGCAACAACAAUCCUGUACUCACCUGCAUCGGUCUGGGGAGGAGAGCAGAGAAGCCGCUGUCUAAAACUGCUUCAUCACCGCAGCUUCAGCAGCACAAAGCCAAAAACACCCGAGCAGAUUCAAAAGAGGAGGGGGUUUGGUGGAGCCCAUUUGAGUGUCCUCAGCCCUGGUCUCCUUUCUACCACACCUGUCAACAACCCCAGCAUGAACUGUCGGUCUGCGGCGGCACCUUGUCGCUGCCGUGGGCGACAGAGUGGGAUCGCUUUGAGAGUUUAAUACAGGAGCUGGACAGAAAACAGCCGGACCUGUCUCCUCCAGAGACCAUCCCCUCCAUCACAGAUCUGCAGUUCUCACAAAACACAGUAAGACUCUCUUUUGUUUUCAAAACAGAGGACCAGAUAAACAAUCUCAACAACCAGGGUUGUUGUUGGACCAGAUUUUAACCCAAAGUCUGGCAAAAAAUUUGAGAAAACUGAACAUUUAGUGAAGUCCCCUGACUUGUUUCAGAGCAGAUGGAUAGGAGGACUAACGCCUCUGAUAUUUGUACUUAUAAAAUGUGAGUCAUACAGGUACAUGAGAGAGCUACGGCAGCCUAGUGAGUCCAAUUUGUCUAAAAGCUAUGAGCUCACUGGCUGGGAUGUGUCUGAUAUUUUCAGCAGUAGCUGAGCCCAUGGAGUCUAGACUCACAUAAAUGAAUUGCAUUAAAAAAACAAAUAAAUAAAUACAUUAAAACUACUACUACUACUACUAAUAAUAAUAAUAAUAUAAUGUUAGUUAAAAUAAUAAUAAUAAUAAUAAUAAUAAUAAUAAUAAUUAUUAUUAUUAUUAUUAUUAUUAUUUAUACUGACCAUGUACAAGACCAAACACAGCUUAGACAAGUGCUACCCUGACUUCAUCAUUCUGCCUCUUGUUCUUCCAUGUGCCAUGAUUUUGUUUGAUUAUUUUUACACAUAGAAAGCCAAGGGACAACGACUGAUCAUUUGAUGCGCAUGUUGUUGUUGCCUGGCAACAAUGCUCCAGAUUGGUUUCCACUUAAACACUAAGCCUUUCAUCAAGAUUUAAAGGCAGCACAGAUCUGAAGCAAUUGGCAGAGUGCAAAUGAUGAUGAUGGGCACUCAGGGGUUGAUGGUCACUGUAGUUCCUACUCCCCUCCACUCUGUUCCACUGUGGCUGAAGUAAAACUACACUGUCUUACCUGAAAGACCUGUGGUUUCAUAUCAUCCGAGACAGGGACUGUCCCAGUAUACUGGUAUUGAUUGAUGGAAAAUGAAACAUUGAUACGGUACUAAAAUUAGACAGUAAUAGAGUGAGUUCAAAGGAGACGUCUGUCACACAGGUGGGCACAUGUCAUAAAAUGAAGAAGAAACAAAAGAGAAGCAGCAGCUGUUGGGUAGCUCGCUGUAGCAGCUGUCAGAGAUGAUUAGACAACAAUAUUCAAAAAACAGAAAAACAAUGUUAGAGCAUGUUCUCUCUACUUGUGUAGAGACCUUUGGACUUCAGCUUACUAAUAAAUCUAAAGUUUUACUAUUUAACUGUUCUUGUAACUGUUUUAGAUUCAGAUCCACAUCUUAUGAGCUGCAGGAAGUAGCUUAUACUUCAAAAUAAAAGCAUAGUUUUACUGUGUGGCCUAAACACAAUUUAUAUUUAUUUUUUUAACAUAGGAGCAUUCAGAGGCAGAAGAACAGAAAAUGGAAAUCACAAAGACUGUUUUCUAAAAAUGUUACAAUAACAAUAAAACAGUAGAAUCAAAUAGAAGAAAAAUGGUAAAAAGUAAAAUCUAAAAGAAGUACCAGACAGAAGACCAGUGAGCAAAACUGAUAAAAUCUUAAACUUAAGACAUAACAUUUUCUUUUUUCUUUUUUCUUUUUUUUUUGUUUCUAAACCAGACCAAAGGAGUUUGGUAUUUUGACACUAACAGAGGGUGAUCUCUGUAAGCUUUUGUCGAUAGGAACAUUUAAAGGCAAACACUAGAGGACUUUAGUGACUUUACAUGGUGAUAAAGUGAAAGAAAAUCUCUGAUAUAAACUUUAGUUAUAUAUAUAAAAAAAAAAACAGAAAACCACUUACAGAAAACAAAUACAUCCAUGUUUGUUAGUCAACACUAUCAUUACCUAAUAAUUAUCCAGCUCUUUGUAGUAUGAAACAGUGAGGCCUGACGACACUGACGACACUGCUGAGAGAGCUCAACAGAAGCUCAUAACAGACUGAACAGAGAAUGAAUCAUCUCUUAACUAUCUCACUGUUUACACCAGUUAUGAAGGCAAAUGUAUAAGACAUUGUUUUCAAUGGGUAACCUCUCACGUUUAGGUAAAAUAGUUGAUAGUAUAAGAUCAGUUCACCAUGACCAUGUACAGUUAUCAUGAUACUGUGACAGGAUUUGAAAAAUACAUCAUAUCUAUAUGAUUUUUCCGUGGCUGCAAAGGUUUAACCUACUUCACACCAUCAUAAACAGAGAAUAAACACACAGCUGUUUAUGUGGGGUCACACACAAACAUGCAGGCAGAUAAUAUGCCCAUCUGUCACCAGCAAACACACGUUUUAAUCUCUAUUUCCCAACAGUUGACCAGAUUUGGCAGAUUUGAUGCCUUUGAUCAGCCCCCACCUUCAACCAAGCUGCAGGAUAAUGGGAGCUCUUUGGUAAGAGAACUAAACUCUUCAGUCUGCCAGCUUGAUUAUCGAGGAAUAUAACUCCUCUAACAGCUACACAAGGCCAGCUGUGUUUUUAAGACUGGGGACAUGCAUUAAGCUAUGUUUUUAUAGUAGUGGGGGAGUGUGUUGAUAAAAAUGUGUUUUGUUUUUGAAGCAGGUGCAGAGUGAACCUAAAGUUUGGGUGGAGAGGAAAGAGACAGACACUUCCUCACACAAAGAAAAGAAGCCUGUCAAAGCCUCACCAAAGAAAACACGGACAGCCAUCAGUGUAAGUCACGCACUCUGCAAAACUGAUGUUAAUCAACCACUUUCAGUUCAUGGUACCCAGCUUUUGAUGUGAUGGGACCUAAUGAAACAACACCUGUCAGAAACAGGAAACAGCUGUCAGACCCACACCUGUUCUGCCAGACUGUAAACCAAGGAUCAAACUGUAAUCUGUCAUUUCACAGACCCAGCAGCUCCACAGUCUGAAGGCACAGCAGUGAAUGACAGGUUCAUUUUGUGUAAGAAUGGGUAGAACUUUCAUUGCAGGUUAACAGAAAGUUAGAGUUGGUUUUUAUUGGAGUAUUCAUAAUACUUCCUGAAUUUUUUAGUAUGUAUCCAGCAGUAAGGGCCUAUGUCCACACAUGGCAUUUUCUGACUUCUUCUGUCUACUUCUGUCAGAUAACAAAAGUUGCCCUGUGCCACCUCCAUAAGUAGUAUCUGCAAAGUCUUGCUGAAAAUGCUUGUAUGAUAAUAUAUUUGAUUUUUUACACAGAAUAAUUGGUGGAGACUAUGCAGUAUUGGCAGCAUAUCUUCACUGGAAAUAGUUCCUUUAAAAGAGUGUAAAUGGAGUAAUCUCUCCUCCUUUGUUGAUGGCAGAGUUGAUACCAGAAGUCUCUGCCCCUCUUAACCUUGAUUGGUCAGUGAUGGAGAAAUGUUAUUCAUGAGUGUGGCAGUCCCAAAAGUUGAUCUAUUCUCAUCAGAGAUGUCCGUGAAUGUAACAACAAGAAAAACAGCUGACACCGAGCUUUUACCAUUGAGUGUCGAAAACAGAGAGCGACAUCAGUUUUGUAGGCACUGCUGGAGUGAAAAAAAAAAAAAAAAGCUCUUCAUGAACACAGGCCCUAAUUAUUAGAGCUUGACAGUCUAAAUGAAACCAACAGUCUUCAACAGCACCCAGAGAAAAUGGAUAUAAGCAAUACAGAUGAAUCCACACCACAUUUGAGUGACAUUGUUUCAUAACAUUUUCUUAAGAUGACAAAGCCCCAAGUGCUUUUCCCUAAGAAAAAACAUGUGAUAGAAUAUUCAUGUAUACUAUCUUUAAAAUGUAAAUGAAUUAGUAUCUGAUAAAACAUUUAGUUAAAAGAUAAUCUAAUCAAACAUUAAGUAUAAUGACAUUACUCUCUGAAGAAACCAAAUGCAUCUCACAUGUGUGAUCAUGAUCACUGUAUGAAACAGUUUUUCAGGUUUGGAUAAUGUACUUUGCACCUGAACAUAAUUUAGGGGUUUUAUGUGCAAUAAAAAUGUGUAUUGAAAUUACCCUUGUGUUUCACAUGUACCUUUCACAACAUUUGAUCACCAGGUUUUUUUUUAUUUAAUUCCACUGGUAAUUUUUUUCUUCCCUUUGGCGGUGAGUCCCUGUACCUUUAGUUGUACGUCUGUCACUUCUUAUAUGCUCUUGUUGAAAAAAAAAAACGGCAUUGUCAUGUGGUUUUAGAGGGGUCAGGUAUUCCCAGCUGUCCCCUAAUGGAGCCAUUUGGUUAUAUAAGAUUAUGUAACUGUUGUCUUGAGAUGAUGGCUUACUGACACCUGGACACUGUUCACUAUGUAACAAGCUCAGAGUAUAAACGUGGACUCUUACGUUGUGUUCUGGUCAAAAGUGUUUUAGCUACUUUUGGAAAGACUAUCUCAAACAUGCGUUCUAUUUACAAACCAAUGAUUGUUACAUUUUAUUAAAUCCAUUUUUAGAUUGGCAUUUUGUGCAUUUUUGUUUUUAAUUUAUGGAAUAACCACCAUUUCAGAAAUUUUCAUAUUUUUGCAAUUACCUGGCAACAGCAAAAACCAACUGAGUUCAAAUCAAUUCAUUGGCUGCACAUCAGUGAGGUACCAAGUGCAAUUUAUCCACAGUUGACCAAAAGGAAAAUAUGAUUUGAUGGACAUAAAAAAAGGAUCCUUGGUGUGGAAGCCCCUGAGAGCUGAGAGCUGAGCACAGAUAGUUGGGGAUUAAAGCUCACUACUAACCACCUGCAGGUUUCAGCUAUAAAAAGCAAGGCAACCCCUUCAAGAUUAAGUAUCCAGCUUGCCAGAAACACAGCGUGUCCUCAUGUAAACUUGUAGACAGAGCUGUUGUGUCACAGGAGAAGUCAAGUGUAGCAGGACUCUGACUCAGCUCUCCAGUCUGUUAUCUUUCUUUUCUUUUUUUUGUGGGAGAUAACAUAAGUAGUGAACCAAAAUCAUACCAGCCAGAUGAAAAUGUGACCUGCCUUUUAUUUUUGUUGUUGUUGACUGUGCAGGAUGGAAACACACACAGAGAUGAAUCAGAGAAGAAAAAAGCUGGUGGGAGAUCAUUUUCCAAAGCACAUAGACGCUCUGGUGACUCCCUGGAAAGCCUCUACAGCCUCAACAGUGGACAAAGCUCCUCAAGUAAGCACCUUUGGGCACAGAGCCACUAUGCAAUCCUCUCUGGAGUGUCUCGGACUCAUCUUACAUUCACUAAUUUGUUAAGCCACACUAGCUACUACACAAUCAAAAACAUAAUCCAGUAGUCAGGUAUAACUGUCUUGAUACUUGUGUGAUAAUAAUGUCAUUACGUAACAGUAGAGUUGAUUACAGAGGCUACAUUUUACUCUAUUAAACACUCUUGUUUGUCUGCUCUUCCUCAGGUGGAGUCACCAGUGGGUCCGGCUGGUCCAGUAACAGAGACAGUCUGAGGCUGGAAGAGGAUCUACUGUCCACAAGGCAGUUCUGCUGCCAAGCAAGAGUCCAUACUGACUUUGUGCCGAGUCCGUAUGACACUGACUCCCUCAGACUCAAAGUAAGAAAUUUGAAAAGUGAAAGGAUGUGAAAUGAACUCUUGCAUCACUGCAAAGAAAUCAUGCUAAAAAUUAGGCUUUACGGCUCAACAUCUGGUAGGCUACUUUUUAAUUAUGCUAUCUGUGUUACUGCAGAGGGGGCAAUCUACAAAAACACAAAAUAAUGACAUCUAACUAAUGGCACUAACUAUGGCACCAUCAUGUGAUGCUGCAAGUUUUUCUCCCUGCUACUAUCAAAUACAGCUGCUUUGUCUGCGGACUAACCCUUAAAAUAUGAGACUUGAUGCCCUAUGAUGUUUUUAUUCUGAACACUGUUCCCUAACUUAAUUUUCAUUUAGGAAGACGUUAUUCCUGUUUAAAGAAACUUAACUCUUGAAUCAACCUGUGGACAUUGUUGAGCAUUAAUGGUGCCUUCCCAGAUGUAUAACCAUCCCAUGCCAUGGACACUGAUUCGUCCCCAAACCAUCACAUAUGCUUAGGCCCAGAACAGCGGCCUGUGUUUAUAGAUAGUCUGUAUAUAGUUUUAACCUUUUAACCUGUGUUGUUGAUGAGGGAUGAACUGUAGUCACAGACAUUUGUUUUUGAAGGUGAUUUUGAGCCCCUUCUUCUACUGUUCAAUGUAAGUCUUGUCCCUCGUUGUUGAGAUUUAUCCAGGUUCUUUGAAUCUUUAAUUACCACAUAUGCUCUGGGUGAUGAAAUCCCCAAAUUCUUCACUAUUUAUGCUGCAGCGCCCUGAAAGUGCUAAAUUAUUCCCUAACGCACUCUCUUACAGAGUAGUGGAUCUCCUCCCAUCUUUACCUCUGAAAGACUUAGCCUGUCUGUAGUCCCUUUUUUAUACUCAGUUAUAAUACUGACCUGUUGCAAAGGCACUCCUGUUAUUCCUUUUUUUUUUCUCUAGCAUUGUUCAUCUUUCUUAUUUUUUCCCCCUGCUUUAGCUUUUUGACAUGUUGCAGAAAAAAAAAAUUCUUAAAAGAACAACAGAAAGUUUCUGUCUCAGUAUCUGACAUGCUGUCUGUUAAAAAUUCAGUCCCAUCUCACUCCCUAUUUUGCUUAUUCUGUUUGGGAUCACAGGGGGCUGGAACCUAUCCGAGCUGUCAUUAGAGGCAGGAUACCAGAAUACACACUGGACAGGUGGCCAAACCAUCACAGAGCUGACAUAUACAGACUCACCUAUGGGUUUCUGUAACAGUAUUUAGCAUGGAUCAUAACCUGUCCAGGCAGCACAGAUAAAGAGUUCAAAGGCCUCUUUUCUCUAUGUGUUUUUCUACAUCUUCCAGCCAAAAGGAAUUAAUCAAACUAAAAUACUUUCUCGUCCAGGUGGGAGAUGUGAUUGACAUCAUUGCAAAGCCUCCCAUGGGAAUCUGGACAGGCAUGCUGAACGGCAAAAUGGGCAACUUUAAGUUCAUUUACGUAGACGUGCUAAUGGAGGAGAGUCCUGAUUCAUGUGAGGAGACACAAAUCCAAAGAAUAACGCCGAAAUCAACAGUCCAGGAAGUUUUAAAGCGUCUCAACUUAGAGGUGAUUAUUAUUAUUUCUUUUUUUUUGUAGUGAUUUAAAUGCUAUCAUCUUUGAUGUAUGAUUAUUGCAUAUAUCUUUAUUCUAUGUCUCUACUCUCUCUCAGGAGUACACCUCCUCCAUGCAGCUGCAUGGCUACCAAACAGCGGAGGAUUUGACAAGGCUGAAAGAGAAUCACCUGACGGAGCUGAAUGUGACUGAUCCAGAGCACCGGCAUCGCCUGCUCACCGCCGUCGACUCCCUGCAGCAAAUGAACAGUGAGUAAGAGAAAAACACACCAAAGGUCAUCCUGCUGCACACAGUUAUGUGGACGUGAUAAAAACAGACAAAUACUCACUGAGACAUUUGGAUCCUGAAAGGAAAAGGGACAAGUGGCAUUGUACCUGAAGCAGAUAAGACUAGGAGUGAAUCAGGGUCACGGCUAAAGAGGUUAAGGAUAACAGGAUAACCUCCAAGGGCUCUCUCAGAAUAAAGCGGGACGCACAAGGACAGUGGUGAUAGACAGAUUGGCUGUUGAGCUCUAAUGCUCAUGAAUAAUGACUGUAAAGGAUUACUUAGCCCUCAUCCAUUCUCCUUUGUCACAAUACAUCUAACCAGGCUGUCUCUUCUGCUUUACAGCUGACUGGCAGCCCAAGACCAAGGCCGAUCAGGGAGCCGAGACCUCUAGCGAGAACAUGAAGGCGAGAGCGGGUAACUGUCCCAGAGACUCCGGCUGCCACAUGGUAUCUGACAGCCCAGACACCAGCACAGAGGACUUUUAUCAUCAAUACCCUCUGCAGGCUGAGACGACUGCUUCAUGAGCGUUACCCAUCCUGUACAAUGACUCUUGACUCUGUAGGUUACUUUUCAAAUAAGAGCUGCUUUUUUUAUUCCCUGCAGCUGUGAAAUUUCUUAUCUUGUAUAAAAAAUACCCAUGCUUUACCACUGUAAAUCUUCAACUCCAACACUGAACAUGAGACAGACUGUAA